AUGCUUCAACUGUCUGGAAUCGGGCCACGAAUCCUCCUCCUGUCCCUCGCCCCGCAACCCAACCACCAAGGAGUGCUUCAACUGCGGAGGACGCGGACACGUCAAGAUCGACUGCCCGACGGCCUCGACCGCCGAAUGUUUCGGUUGCGGUGGCAAGGGACAUGUCAAGGCAAACUGUCCUACGGUGGAGAAGGAGAAAAAGUGUUUCGGAUGCGGCGGUACGGGUCACAUCCGCAGCGAGUGCGCAACGGCCAAGAAGGGGUUGAAGUGCAGAAGGUGCGGUGA